UUGAUAAGACCAGUCCUGCUACUGCAAGAUCAACAAAGAUGGAGGGUGAAUAAGUUACUAAUGCCAAAGGUUGCAACCCAAUAAGACAUGGAAGAGGUAAGCGUUCAUACGGAUAAAGCUAGUCGUACAGAAGAAGACCAUGCAGAGAUGGCUGACCAGCCUUCUGAUGUAGAAAUAAACGAGGUUGCAAGAAGACUUCUGAGGUGGAAAUUUCUUCUGUCAGCUCUAGAAGUUCACUGUGAGCUCUGCGAACGCGGUAGAGAACUUCCGCUUCUUCGAGAUUUUUUCUCAAAUCCAGGAAAUUUUGAAACGAACUCAAGAUAUGAUGGUAUAAGCAUCAGCAGCGUCAGGAGAUCAGCUAGUAACCUGACAUUAGACUCAAUAGAUGAUUUUGCAAGAUAUUCUGAUGAUGGUGGAAGAGAUAAUGAUGAUAAAGUUGCUGUGCUGGAGUUUGAGUUGAGAAGAGCCAAAGAAACAAUCAAAGAAUUGAGAGAAAAUAUCACAGAAUAUGCCAAAGAAAAUGAAUCAUCCCUCAAAAAGACAGGAGAAGAAUCAAAACAAUCUUCAGAGCAAGAGGGUCCUGUAAAGACUUUUGAACUUCGAGCAUUGAAUUAUCUCACAAACGAAUUUCUUCUAAAAAAUGGAUACCGUUUGACUGCUAUCACUUUUGGGGAAGAAGUUGGAGAUCAGGACAUUGACGAUUGGGAUGAUGUCGGUGUCAAUACUCCACGCCCACCCAAUCUUUUACAUCUUUUUCGAGAUUAUGGCAAACACGUGGUAGAGCCAGUCGAAAAAGAUAAGGAAGAGAUAGAAAAACUCAGAGAACAAAUAUAUCAAUUGGAAAUGAACAUCAAAGAUUUGGCAGAAAAGUCAGAAACUUUACAAAAAGAGAAUAAUACAUUGCAACAAGCUUUGAGUGAUCACGAACGGGUGAAUAGUGAUGAUGCAGUGAAUCCGCUCCCUGACUCCACUGUUUCAUCAAGCGCCGAUGAAGUACAAACCGACAUAAAUAUGGAAUUUCAUAUGGCAAAGGAAACUCAAGAUUCUGGGCCAGAUGUCACGACCCAGAUGCGAGCCGAAGAGCAACAGGAGUCAAAGAAUGACUAUGAACAGUCUCUCAUAGGCAGUAAUUCUGUGCAAGAUGAGAAAUUAGAAAAAGGUUAUAAAAGCAGUAGUCAAGAGGUUCUUAGCAAUGAUGAUAGUUUGUCAAUAGAAGACCAGCUAGACAAUAAUCCUGAGAAUUGUGAUAACCAGUCAAUGGACAGCUUUCUUGAUAGAGACGUUCCCGAUGAAACGGUUGCUUCCGAAGAUCACAUUCCAGCGGUUGAUAUGAGUAUUGAGCUGAACAUUUCUUCAAAAAGGCAAACGACCGCAAUUUUCAUCCAGAAAUUAUUUGGUUUUGUACAAGAACAACACGACACACGUUUGAUGAAGGAGAUUAUACGAGCAUCAGAAGAAGAUGACCCUAUCCACAUUGUAUCCAGAUGCCUUCCAAAUGUGGUCCCAAACGUUUUGCUAAAUAAACGAGAGGAGCUGAUACCGAUUAUUUUGUGUCUGGUCCGACUUCACCCUGACGUCAAAGUCAGGGACAAUCUCCUGCAUAUGCUGUUUAACUUGAUAAAACGCCCAGAUGACGAGCAGAGACGCAUGAUUAUAGAUGGUUGCGUUGCCUUUGCAAGGAAGGUUGGCCCAACUAGAAUCGAGGCUGAACUUCUUCCUCAAUGCUGGGAACAGAUCACUCAUAAAUAUCCGGAGCGUAGACUGCUCGUUGCUGAAACAUGUGGUUCUAUGGCACCGUACAUACCGCCAGAGCUGUUAGGUUCAUUGAUGUUCUCGAUGUUGAGACAGAUGCUCGAGGAUGAUGGGAAUGAAAAAGUUCGCGAAGCAGCCACGCGGAGCCUCGCAUUGAUUUUUGCAUUUGUUGAUGAUGAUGCAAAAUAUUCUCAGGCCGUUGACUUACUUAUGAAAACGUUAAUGGAUGAGAAUGAAGAUGUCUUGCGUGCUUCAAGGGAGAUGCUUCUUCCUGUUAUCGGUGUAUGGACAUUGGAACUAAAGAACCUACAGUCGCAGUUGUUAUCGCCAUUUUUAAUGACAAUCCGUUCGAUUUUAGAGAGUGCAACUGCAAAAGUAUGCAACAAAACGGAGGACAAUACCCAAGCAUUAAGUGCUCUCGAUUUGCAAUUCAAACUUUUGUUUCAAUGCUGUAUUGACAUGGUGCCGCUGAUUUUUGCAUUCGUUCUUUUAACAGGACCAUUCGACGGAGAGGAUGGUGAUCCAACUAUCGAUAUAAAAGAUAACCGUCUGCCAAAGGAGCCUAACACACUUAUGAGCCUUGAAGUUGUCAUUGGUGAUGCCAGGAAAUUAAGAAUUAUGGUAGAAAGGUUUGAUAGAAAUCUUGAGAAUACAGAACCUGUAUCCUGGAAUGAGCUAGAAUGGGUUUGCGACAAUUGCGUAUCCCAAGUUGUAGAAUUCACAGGUUUAAAGCGUUCUGGAGAGUUAGAAAUUAUGGAGCAGCUGGUCUGUUUUUUAUGCAAGCUAUGUCGAACAUUUGGGAAAAUUUAUACAUACAAAAAGAUAAUUCCAUAUUUUGAAAAGCUCAUGAGGGCGUCAGAACUCUCCUUCUUGGAAAAAGACUUACCCCCAAUAUGCAGCCCGCUGUUGCCACUUUUCAUUUGUGGAGUUCUCUCUGUCUUCAAUGAGGAAGAAGAUCGAAAAAGGAUGUGCACCUUUUUGAAGCAGUCUUUGGUUACCAUCGCUACACAAAAUUUUUCCUUAUAUCAUUUAGAAUCUACAUUUCAUAUUCUUGGGUCUAACCAGGACCUUCAUGGAGAUCUUAUACAGGUUCUUAGAGAAGCACUUGUUCAUCCAUCUACAGCUGUCAGAAUAACAACUGCUCCACUAUUAGAGAUUUUGGUACGGUGUGUUACCAGUAGUCCGCUUUUUUCACAAGUUGCAUCUGCAUUGAUAACCCUUUCAAAUGACCGAGAAUUUGCUGUCAAAGUUGCCACAGUUCCAACACUUGGGAGUGUUGUAGAGACGAGGACGGACAAAAAUUUAUUAGAAAAAGUGUUCUUGCAAUUGCAAUCACUAAUGGAUGACCCAGGUCUCAAAGACAACAUUGAACUUCAAAAGGCUAUGCUGAGGACAUUUUCGCGAAUCCUGCCCAAUUCCGAACCAAAAUUCAGAGAAGAAUUCUUGGCACAUAGAAUUCGCAGAAUGGCCGAAGCAAACAGUUUCAUUCCGGAUUUAAAAGUUCAAGUCGAGAUGGCACGUGAAAUUGGCCAGACAAUAAGUGCAAUGCUGUGUUGUUUCAUCUCAGCAGAAUUAAUAUCGUCGCAAAUAAUUCCAGCAUUACGCUUCCUGGAGCGAGACACAAAGGACCUCGCACCAGAUGUUUAUGAUCAGAUAAGGCUGAUAAUAACCGAUGCAGAAAGCAAGAUUUCUGCAGAUAAUGCUGCUGAAGGCUCUGGAUCUUCACUGAGUGGACAAGAAAUGAAGAACAAACUGCUCAGCGGCUUCAACAGACUAAAAGACGCCUCAACGAAGAAAAGAGACCUUUUCAAGAAGAAAGAGCGCUCUAGUACUUUAUUAUAGGGAUAAUCAACUCUACUUGCAAUUCUUAGUAAGGCUCUCUCGUUGUGGAUUCCGCCAAUAAAUGUAACUGCCACCACCUUUGCUAAGGGUAAAAAACCGCGCCACCUUACAUUUGAUGAUACCUUGCCUUUGCUUUGUGCCAGGUUCGAAAAAGGAAAAAUAUAAUUUAAAGCGAACAUUUUUGUGAAGGGAAGGAAACUUAUUUCAUAUAUCCCCCCCCCCCUCCCCCCCCAAUUUCAUACCAAUAUGAUGGAGAUUGUACAUUAUAUAAGUUGUAUUUGCAAGAAUGUGACACAUUAGACAGUCGUGCAGUGGCAUUAAAGGAAAAGCCAGGAUCUCAUAUCAGUUAUAAUCCGAAUCUUAGCAGUUCCGCCCCAUUUUUUACGAACGCUCUUUGUAGAGUAGUUUUGCAAUCCAAGUAAUGGAAACACCAAGCAAAAAGAAUUUCUUGGUAGAACUUAUGACAAUUUCUUGGUAGAACUUACGACAAUGUUACUUAACUUAAUUGUCGUAAUUAUUCUUUUUUUUGUAGCAAUUGAACAACCUGUUUCCACACGACUGCAGUCUACUAAACUUCAAUGAAAUCAAGUCUCGCUUAAUCUUUGUAUUUUUGUAUUUGCAAUGUAUAUUAAGCUGUUAAAUGUUUGCUCUUUUAAGGGGACCGAUCACCAGCGAUUAUUGUAUGGAAUAGUAGAUUACCGCAGUAUUGAAUUUAGUUGACAUGAUUCAUCGAGUAAAAUAUCUGGUUCAAA